AUGCUUAUUGAUUUUGUCCCAACCACUAAUGGACUUUCAUUGGCUGAAGCACCUGCAUUUAAAAAGCUGCUGGAGGAGCCCCUGCUAAUGUUGGCAGUUGGCAUAGCUCGUCUUGGUGGCUCAUCAGCUUUUAUAGGGAAGGUUGGGGAAGAUGAAUUUGGGUACAUGCUUGCUGAUAUACUAAAGGAAAAUAAUGUGAACAGUGAAGGGAUGCGUUUUGAUCCUGGUGCACGAACUGCUUUAGCAUUUGUUACAUUGAGGAGUGAUGGGGACUUAACGCUCAAGGUAUGUCUUAACCAUCCUGUGUCAGGCAAAAUUUUACAUUAUGGUUCUAUAAGUCUUAUCACGGAACCAUGCAAGUCUGCUCAUAUUGCAGCAGCUAAAGCUGCAAAGGACGCUGGUGUAGUUUUGUCCUAUGAUCCUAACCUCAGGCUUCCAUUGUGGCCUUCUGCAAAAGAGUGCGAGAGAAGGAAUUUGAGCAUAUGGGAGACUGCUGAUGUUAUCAAGUUUUCUGUUGAGUUCUUCCUGGGUUUUGGUGUGAUGGCUGUUGUUUUAGGAGUUCAGUGGAAGAGUCAGGGUAUGAAGGUAGAUGCAGUGGACACCACUGGUGCUGGGGAUGCAUUUGUAGCAGGAAUACUAUCACAACUAGCUGUUGAUCUCUCUUUGCUUCAGAAAAACAUAGUAAAAGAAACAGAAAGAAAUGAAAACGGAUUACAGCCUCUAGCCAAAGGAGAAGGCGGUCUUGGUCUGCAACGCCUUUUAGAGGCUACCAAGGGGUAUGGGUUCGGGCUAGAACCUCUACAUCUGACAUGCCCUAGUCUUAAUGGACAUGUCAAAUACCUUUUGCCCAAACUUAACCACAACCCCACUCAGAAUACUGAGACUGAUCUUUGUUCUUCCCCCAAAAUAUUCCGAAGCCAUAUUAGUGGAUCUAGCCCAAAGGACUUGGAAGAGGGUAAACUGAGAGAUGCUCUUCUGUUUGCUAAUGCUUGUGGUGCAUUGACUGUGACGGAGAGAGGUGCUAUUCCGGCUUUGCCAACUAGAGAAGCUGUGCUGAAUGUCAUGCUCAAAUCUGUAGCAUAG